AUGCCUCCCCCAGCCUCAGCCAGAGGGACCGUGCCUCCCCCAGCUUCCACCAGAGGGACCGUGCCUCCCCCAGCUUCCACCAGAGGGACCGUUUUCAGCCAGAGGGACCGUGCCUCCCCCAGUCUCAGCCAGAGGGACCGCGCCUCCACCAGCUUCCGCCAGAGGGACCGCGCCCCCCCCAGUUUCAGCCAGAGGGACCGUGCCUCCCCCAGUCUCAGCCAGAGGGACCGUGCCUCCCCCAGCUUCCGCCAGAGGGACCGUGCCUCCCCCAGCUUCCGCCAGACGGACCGGGCCUCCACCAGCUUCCGCCAGAGGGACCACGCCCCCCCCACUUUCAGCCAGAGGGACCGUGCCUCCCCCAGUCUCAGCCAGAGGGACAGUGCAUCCCCCAGCUUCCACCAGAGGGACCGCGCCUCCCCCAGCUUCCGCCAGAGGGACUGCGCCUCCCCCAGCCUCAGCCAGAAGGACCGUGCCUCCACUAGCUUCCACCAGAAGGGCCGCGCCUCCCCCAGCCUCAGCCAGAAGGACCGUGCCUCCACCAGCUUCCGCCAGAGGGACCGUACCUCCCCCAGCCUCAGCCAGAAGGACCGUGUCUCCACUAGCUUCCACCAGAGGGAGCGGGCCUCCCCUAGCUUCCGCCAGAGAGACCGCGCCUCCCCCAGCCUCAGCCAGAGGGAAACUGUUUCCUCUGAGCCACAUGAACUGUUAGGGAGACCACAAACCAGUCUUCAUACUUGUGAGUAUUUUAUUGUAUUCAUAGUCAUCACAGGAUGUUGAAUGAUUCCAUUAUUGUAAGAUCCGAUGUUUAAUUACUUUUCCACACAACCUUUUUUCUUCCUAGCACUCCUGAGAAAUAUUCUCACAAAUCAAGAAAUGAUGAUGGACCAAAUGAAAAUUAUUUUCGCAACUGUCCAGGGAUUAAAAUCUGUAGUUGAAGAAGACAUGGGUGUUGAACCAAAUCUGCUGCCAUUAGCUGAUCGCCAGUCAGUAGAAAAUUUAGAAGAGAGGCUCAGAAAUAGUCCUGACCUCAAAAACCAACUGAUAAACGCACUCGCUCUUAAAGGUGGGGCCAACGUAAAGGAGUGUGUGAAAAGAGUCAUGAGUGCAACCUUAACUCACAGUCUUGCAAAUAAUGUCAACAUGAAGGGCAUAAUGGGAAGAUUGGCUUCCAGCACCUUCAAAUUAAAGAUGUUGUGAUUGCGGCUGUGCGACGUAAUCGUCUCACUUCCAAUGCCACAGACCAAGAAGUUGAGAUGAAGAUAACCAAAUGGCUGUACCUGAUGCACCUGAUAGGAAUGGCGGGCGAAGUAAAAGAAUGAAAAAGGAUCUGUGAAAGUGAAACUGUGCUCCAGUGUGUUUUUCCAAUGUUAAAUUUGACUUAAUUGUUUUUUUUUUCUUUUCAAAUUUCAGUGUUUGAACUGUGUUUGCAUUGUUAAUGUUUCAGUUUACAGUUAAAUGUUUUUUGAAUUUGAUGUUGAUUGA